UUCGGCACAGAUUUCCCUCUCUGAAAUUAUGGAGGGAAUUUAUGUAUUUAGUUCAGGGAAUUGUGCGAUUAAUAUUUGGGUAGGGCGUACCUCAUGCAGGCGUAUGAUGUCUCUCAAAUUGUGUGGUAUAAUUUAGUUCGAUGGAAGCGUUGAAAGUGUGUGUUUACAAGUCUGUAUUGAAGCAAGGUGACGAGCAAUCGGAAACUGAUAUAACAACUGGUACACAUAAUGGGACAACUGUUCAUUCUAUCUCUGCCCAUGUGCCAGCGAAUGAAUGCCUGGACUGUUAUGUUGCUGCAUCAUCCAGUGGUCCAUGUCAGAAAUUGCCUUCGUAUUCUACUGUUGAUCGGCUGAUACUGGAUACUCUGAGUAUAAUAGGAACUUUAAUUGAGAAUGAGCAGGAGCCCCCACCUGCCAUGUUGCAGUUACAUGUUAUUGCUGAUAAGGAAGAUGGUUGGAUUCAGGUGGUGAGCUCUAUGGUGAAAGUUAUUCCAAUGAAUGAUCCACUUGGUCCAGCUGUGAUCACUUUACUGCUUGAUGACUGCCCUCUGCCAACUAAAGAAUCUGUUCUGAGGCUCUCAAGUAUCUUCAAUUUGUCAGCCCAGAGCUCAGUGAAAGGAAAGUCAAAACCAACUCAACAGCGUAACAUCUGUGUGGUGCUUGGCUGCAUAGCAGAAAAGCUAGCUGGACCAAACAGCAUUGCCAUUCUUACACAAGGGACACUUAAUUAUCUCAUCACAAAUCUUAAUACAGAUAACAACCCAUCUGUGAUCCUGUUUUCUGUGAUUGCAUUAGAAAAAUUCGCACAGACAAGUGAGAACAAAGUAACAAUUAAGAAGCGUUUGGAGGCGGAACCAACAAAUCCCCUCAUGUGUUUGGAGAAAUGGGUGGACUCAGAGCAUUAUGUCAAGCGGCAGGUGGGCUUCUGUGCACAAUGGUGCCUCGAUAAUUUGUUUCUAGUUGAAGGUCGCAAGUUUUCUUAUGAAUGUGUUGAUACUUCUGGAAUAAAUGUCAUGCUUAACACGAAGGAUGUCAGUGAAUACCUGAAAAUAUCUCCAAAUGGGUUAGAGGCAAGGUGCGAUGCUUAUUCCUUCGAGAGCGUCCGAUGCACAUUCCAAGUGAACUCUGGUGUGUGGUACUAUGAGACAGUAGUAAUCACACCUGGUGUAAUGCAGAUAGGCUGGGCAACUAAGGAAAGCACAUUUCUGAACCAUGAAGGCUAUGGAAUAGGAGACGAUGAAUUUUCACUAGCUUAUGAUGGUUGUCGCCGUCUCAUUUGGCACAACGCACAUAAUGAAGCUCAGAGUCGACAGUGCUGGCAUCCUGGAGAUGUAUUAGGAUGUCUGCUAGACCUAAAUAAACUGGAGGUGAUAUUCUACAUUAAUGGUUCUCCCCUGUGUCCCUGCACACGUAUCUUCAAAACGGCCCGGUCUGGUUUCUUUGCAGCAGCAAGUUUCAUGUCCUUUCAACAGUGCCGCUUCAACUUUGGUAGUGAGCCAUUUCGUUUUCCCCCCCGCGAUAAGAAGUUCCAGAAUUUUAAUGAUCAUGCCGUUCUAAGUCCAGAAGAUAAAGUUGUGUUGCCACGGCACAUCCACCUAGAACAAUUACGGAAGCUUAGUGUUCGCGAGGACUCAUGUACUCUGUGCUUUGAUAAGAGGGCGUCUGUGCGACUGGUGCCUUGUGGUCACAAAGGUUUUUGUUCCUCCUGUGUGAUGCAACUGGCAGAAUGUCCAAUGUGUCGAGCAACUAUCCAGGAAUGUGCCCCAGAUAACACAUGACACUUAAAAAAUUGGCUGUUCGUGAGCCAAGUGACUAAGCCAGUUUCAAGAUGGGCUGUGAAACCACACCUGUCGGCUGCUGUGGCAUAGCACUUCUUUGUACCCAAACACAAGUGCUAUUGUUUGGGAACAAUGUGAUAUUGCAGGGAAGAUCAGUCACAGUCUAUGCACUGUAAUAGCAAGGAACAACUAGCCAUACAGCGUUGGUUUAAGGUUAUCAUUCCUCCGGUGGAAGAAGUGGAUCUGGUUAAAUUGCUGGCCUGUGAUUGAGUGUUCUGUACUCAUAAUGUUAAGGAGAAGAAGUGUCCCAAGUUGGCUUGGGCCAGAAAGGAAAGCUUUAACAGCUACUCUUAUAAGAAAUAUAAGGCCCUCAGCAUGUUUUCAUCUGCAUUCAGAAUCUCUCGUUGUGACUUGUCUUCUCUUAAAUACUUGCAAUCAUAAAUUUAAGAUGUGGUGCAGCAUCUAGCGGUCAUUAUUGUAACGUGUCAGAAUCUGUAAUAGUCAUCACAGUAUAGUAUUUAUAGAAGUACUUAUUUUUUAUAUUGUUUUAAAACAGUUGUUGCAGAACUUAUGUUUGGUAAAACAGACUGUACAGUAAGUCUGAUGGUGAAGUUUAUUAUUUUCUUGGAUGUGAUGCCAUGUAGGAUGGUAUAUAUUUACCAGAAUUACGAGGGAUAUGCUGCCUCCACCUUCAGUGUACAUUUAUUCUGAAAAUGGAGACAGCAGGUUCCUCCAAAAGGUUGGUAAAUGUCCGCCAUGCAGUAUGGUGCCACAUCCAGUAGUUCUCAUAGUCACUGCUUUGAGAAUAUAAAGUUUAGUUUGAAGAAUCUGCAGGAAGACCAGGCUGUGUCAAUCAAUUUAAAGAGGUUCUAGCGUUAAUGGUUUAGCUUUACUGUAACAUUAAUCCUGAUGCAGAUAUGGGGAUGAAUACCUUUCUGCCUGAAAUUGCUGUGACGGGCAUACUUUUUGUGCACUUAUCUCACAUUGUGAAACUCUGCCCAGUACCAUACAGUAGACUUCAUAUUAAGCCUUUUUUGCUAUAAAGGCAGCAAAUCUCAUAUACUGGACUUAAAGGACAGGUAGUCACCAUCAGGUAGUGCAUUUAUGUCAGAGGCUGAAUUAAACACAUCACUGGAAGUUUUGUCACCUUCAUUGUUUAUAACAAGUUGGUCCACUACGUUAUCAGUAAGGGCAUCAAAUUUCCCACAUCCUUUGCUCUUCAUGGGUUACGGGAUGACUAGCAUCUAGCCGCUUCUUAGCAGUUACCUCUCCUGGUUGGUAGUUGGCAUUCCUCUUGAUGUUUGAAAUUUUUUAUGUCUAGCCACAGUAUCCUUUCAGUUGGCUCCACAUCAGCUCUGUAGGGUUCAUUUCAUGACAUAUGGGGGCAGUCUUCCACAAAUAUAUCAUUACUGCCAGUAAAAAGAAAAAAAGGUAAGGCUAUCUGUUGUAUCUUACCAUUGAAAUACUAAUAGAAAAUGACACCUGUUUCACAUUCUUGAGUUCUAUUUGUUACUUCUACCAUUAGAUAUUAUGAAUAAUUGAAACUGCUCACGUGCACACACAUCAGCCUUUUGUUCUCUCUCGUCCCAAGCUCAUCACUCGUGUGCACACCAUCUAGCAGUUCACUUCUGAGAUAUAACAUUAUCCCUGUAACAGGACGCGAAGGCCCAUAGGGUUGUGAGAUGUCAAGGCUCCCACAUUUCCUAGACAGUUGGCUGACAGAGGGCGGUAAUAUUGUGAGCCUUUCGCACCGCCCGCCCUUUACCCCCCAGGAAAAUUACUGGUACUCAUUUCUGUUAGAAGCUGAGCACACCCCAGGUCCAUA